AACCAGUUGCGAGCUACCCCUUUGACAUGUCACACACCGACAGUUCAGUCACUGAUGCCGUCAUUCAAGUAGAAGUGAAUGACAUCACAGAUGACACAUCACUUCGUCCUGACGUCGGCAGCAGCAGCCAGUCCACCGAAGUCCUUAGCGCUGCACAUCCAUCCACUGCGGGUAGCCUCAAUCUAUCCGGUGCAGGUAGCCUCCGACCAUCCCCUGCGGGUAGCUUUGUUUCCACCAACCGCUCUGUCGGCAGUGACGACGCAAUCAACCCAUUCACCCACAGUGACGAGUCAUCCCCACGUGCCGGACACGGUACAGGUUAUAACAAUAAGAGCACAUGGACGUCCCCCGGAGUGGAGCAGAACUCUGCUGAAAACAGGUCGACAUCACCUUUGAUUGCGCCACAAAACGACACGAAGAAAAGAAAACGUUUUUCGCUGGACCUGUUGUCCCGGGGUCGGGUCUCUGUGGAGGAACGCCUAAAAGAGUUCGGGUUCAUCAAGUCCAACGGUAAAAACAAGCUGGUGAUCAACCCAUCCCCGGGCAAGUUUCAAGGACGAGGCGGCACUGUGAACAGCGUUUACACGGACAGCGAGGACGGGCUCCACACCAACAAGGAGUCGGUUGACUCGGACGAUGACCCCUUAUUCAACGCCUGUCUUCCGGUAACUGCUCGAAGGCGUGAGAAAGAUGGGGAGUUAACGUUGACGGAUCAAGGCGACGCGUUCCGUGGCUGUGUGAACGAUAAUUUCCAGAUGUCUUCCCCGUCCGUGUCUUGUCAUGGCUGCACUGACACGGCAACAGAACCCGGAACGAAACGGAAGCCUCCUGAGAUUCCCAGACAGGACAUCAGUUACAAUGAAUGGAAACAUCUGAACUCCAAAACGCCCGAGGACAAGAAUAAUAACAAUGUGCUGAAUGGCGUUAUCAGCUGGGGUUUAGAUGGGAACUCUAUGGAACGUACCAUCACCAGAUAUCGUGAUUACGCCAUUAGUCAUCAUGCAGAAGUGAAAUCAAAGAAUCAAGAUGAACUGUUUGAUCAUGAACCAGGUGGUACACUACCGUGCACCACUCACGACUGUAGCGGCUCUUGGGUUAGAGAGUUGUGUUACAGCCCUGAGGACGUAAAUGAUUUAGCAAUUGGUUUCUACGCCCCACCGAGCUCCCACGCUCCACUGAGCUCCCACGCUCCACUGAGCUCCCACGCUCCACUGAGCUCCC